AUGAUCCCCGCGGCGCUGUGGGCUGGCCGGGCUGAUAUCACUAGCGAGGUGGUGCCACCUGGCUUCCUGGCAGGUGGCGGGUGCGGGAGCUCGUGGUCGUGUGGGGCCCCGGAGAGGAAGUCCGGGCCGCUACUCCCGCCGGGGGGCCACGGCGGGGGGCGAUACCCUGGGGCCCCACACCCCCAGGCUCCCCCCCACCCACCCACCACCGCCUGUCACCCUUCGUCGAUCUCCGCAGCGGUGCCGCCGCCAGAGCACCUCCCCGGGGGGAAGGGGCCCGGGGUCGUCCUCCAGCCUAGUAGCGGGUUGGCCAGUGCGAUUGCGGCCGGUGACGAGACUUGCGUGUGCCCGUACUGCGGCAAGAGUCUGCGGGACAAGUACAAGGUGCGGCGCCACAUCGAGGACGUGCACACGCCCUCGUCGCACUCCCACCAGUGCUCGCUGUGCCACCGCCACUACAAGACCCGCAAUACGCUCCAGAACCACAUGAGCAUAUACCACCGCCCGCCCCGGAGGCCGCACCAGCCCCAUCACCUACAGCCGGCCGCCGUCCCCGCGUCCACAGGACCCACGAAUGCCGCCCAGCAGUCUCUGCCGCCGCCCACUCAGGACACUGCAGGAGAUCGCCAGGGGGGAGGUGGAGGCACAGCGGAGCCACCGGGACCUCCCAAGGGCAUUGCCUCGCCUUUCCUCUCUCUCUGA